GCCAGCCCUAGUUUCCAGCGGAGCUCGUGAACCCUCCUGCUCUGCCCGUUGGUUGGUUCCCUCUGCGGCUCCGGUUCUCCUCGCGCUCCCUCCCGCUCGGUCCGGUCGCUUCUCCCGCCCCUCUACGGGAGGUUCUGUCCCCCAAACCGUUUCUUUGGACCCCCUUUGUGAAAGUUUUUCGACCCGGUUCUGUUGGUUCGGUGUGUGUAGCUCCAUCACGGGUCCAGUUCACUCGGUAACCGUUUCAAACAUGGGUUGGACCGUCCCGGUUCUGCUGUCAGUCAUCUGUGUCGGACUCACGGCGGGAGCCCCGGACGGACCGGACGUCCAAGUGAUCGACGUGCUGAGUCUGCAGGACGCCAAGCAGAGCGCGGCGGCGGUGGAGAAGCUGUCGGCCGGUCUGGGCGCGCUCACCGACGUCUACGUGGUGUCCACGCUUCGGCUGCCGGCGAAGCUCGGCGGCGUCCUGCUGGGCGUCUACAGCAAGCAGGACAACAGGAAGUACCUGGAGGUCGCCGUCAUGGGGAAGAUCAACAAAG